GUCAUCGAUAGUCCCAUUGGUUAUUCUUCUUGAUUAUUCUGUGUCCAUUAUUAAAACAAGCAUUAUUUAUAAAAGUGGAAGCGAUAAGAAAUAGUGUCUGCAAAAUGGUAUACUUUAGAAGAUUUAUAUUUCUUAUGCGUUCGGAAAAUUUAUUGUGCACAAGAAAUUGUUUAUUAAAUUUGUACCAAAAUUCCUCAAGAAGUGCAUUAAGACAGUUAAAAGAUACAGUCUUGCCACCAAAACCAAAGAGGCCAGAAGGUCCGUUUUUUCUAUAUGUGAAACAUAUUAAAUUGAAAUUUCUCGAAGAAACACCUGAUAUAUCACAAGUACAGUUAUUAAAGAGAGCAUCCAGGCAAUGGGCAGAAUUAGAUCUUGCUGAAAAGGAAUAUUUUAUGAACCAAUAUCAUAAAAAUCGUGAAAUAUAUAUGAAUGAAUUAAAAGAGUAUAAUAAUUCUAUUACCAAUGAACAAAGAGAAUUAUGGGAAAAAAAGAAAAAAGAAUAUCUACAAAAUAAUAGUAGUUUAAGUAAUAAACGGAAAUAUGAAAUGCUUGGAAGACCAAAGAAAUCACUAAAUCCAUUUUUGUGUUAUGUAACAUCAAAGAAAAAUGAUAAAAAUCCAAAUACAUCUUUUAAGGAGUGGGUAAAAUUAUUGUCCACAAGUUGGAAAGAAUUAUCAGGUGCAGAGAAGGAAUCAUAUAUCAAUAAAGCUACUCAACUUAGCAUACAAUACCAGAAGGAUUUAGAAAAGUGGGAGGUGGAAAUGAUACAUUCUGGUCAUCCUGAUGUUGUGAGACCUAAAAUUUUAAGGAAAUACAAGAAUAUUGAAGACAAAAAUGAGAAGUAAAAAUUAAAAUGCUCUAUUCUAUUUUAACUAAUCAUUUUUAUCCAAUAAGUUAACAGCAAUUUAUUUAAAUUAUAUUCAAUAAUGUUAUUACACAUUUUUUAAGUUAAUGUGGUGAUGAUAGAAAAGCAUGUCGAAUCAUUUAGAAAUUGCAUUUAACAAAAGAUUUGUAAACUUAGAAAUAAAUUUACUAUACUGCAUAA